GCUUUAUUUGGGACAAAUGGAGGAAGUGGACGAAACGGAAGCGGUGCCUCAGGUCGGGUAAAAUUAUAUAGAAGAGAACGGAUGGUGCAUCACGUGGAAUGAAAUUGGAGAGUUUGCCCGUCUUCCAUUAUAUUGAAGUUAUAGCCUCGUUUCAUAUUUACUGACAGUUUUAAAUUGAGAAAUGCUCUUCACUGGUUUAGUAGUUCACCACCUUUCUCACUCUGUUGCCCUUUUUAUUCCCGACUUGAACGACAGAUAUAUAUGGCAUGUGUCAAACAUGGACAGAGCAAGUUUUCUUCUCAGAGUGGGAGUUUCAUACUAUGAUUCUAGCAUCCGUCAGCUUCAUGUGCUGGAUGUUUGGGAAGAUGGCAGCAUGGAAUAUCCUCUGGUUGAUCUAGUGAAAUAUCAAGCAAAGCCCCUAAUGAUAUAUGCUAGCACUAAAAGUGAGGAGUCUUUCUUGGCUGCUUUGCAACGGAGUGACGGGAUAUCUGAGGCUCCCACAGUGAAGCUUGUGAAGAGUUCAAUUUUCAGCUAUGAACAGGCGUGGCACAGAUUGAUAUACCUACGAGUAACAGGAAUGGAUGAUGGAUUAAACAUCAAGGAGAGAAUUUUUUAUCUGAGUUCUAUGAUGGACGUGGGAAGUGAUGUUCAAAUUCGUGCUAGUGGGGGUCUUCUUGCCAUACUGGAAAAUGAAAGGAUCGUGGACACGCUUGAACAAAAGGAACUUGGAACUUCAUUGAUAACGAUUGAUUCUGUCAUAGAAAUUUCUUUAAACAAAUUUUUAAAACUCGAUGCAACAGCUUUGGAAGCAUUGCAGAUAUUUCAAACCGACAAACAUCCAAGCCAUAUGGGCAUUGGAAGAGCAAAAGAAGGGUUCUCUGUAUUUGGCAUGAUGAAUAAGUGUGUGACACCUAUGGGUAGACGCCUCUUGAGAAACUGGUUCCUGAGGCCAUUGGUGGAUCUUGAAAAUUUGAAUAAGCGACUUAAUGCAAUAACGUUCUUUAUUUCUUCUGAGGAAUUGAUGCAUUCUUUACGUGAAACUCUAAAGACUGUCAAGGACAUUCCCCAUAUACUCAAGAAAUUCAAUUCCCCGAGCUCAACAUAUUCUUCUGGUGAUUGGACUUCAUUCUUGAAGAGUGUUUGCUCCCUUCUGCACGUGAAUAAAAUAUUUGAAGUUGGCAUGUCAGAGAAUCUUAGAGACAACAUGAAGCACUUAAAUUUGGACAUUGUUGAGAAGGCCAAUUCGUGCAUUACAACAGAAUUAGCUUAUGUUUAUGAAUUGGUUAUUGGCGUCUUAGAUGUUAGUAGAAGCAAAGAGAAGUCAUAUGAGACAAUUGUGAAGGAGGGUUUUUGUGAUGAGUUGGAUGAGCUGAGGGAAAUCUAUGAGGAAUUGCCUCAAUUUUUGGAGGAGGUUACAUCAAUGGAAGUUGCUCAAUUUCCUCAGUUGUGUAAAAACAAGCUUGACCCCUGUAUAGUCUAUAUACAUCAAAUAGGGUAUUUAUUAAGCAUAUUUGAAGAGAAACUUGAAGAUGGCACGUUAGAGAUCCUACGAGACUUUGAAUUUGCUUUCUCUGAUGUGGAUGGAGAUAUAAAGAGAUACUUUUACCGUAGUCCAAAAACACGAGAAUUGGAUAAUCUACUUGGAGACAUUUAUCACAAAAUUUUAGAAGACAUGGAGAGGGCAAUUAUUAGAGACUUGGUGUCACAUAUACUUGUUUUCUCUCUGCAUCUGCUUAAGGCUGUAGAUUUCGCGGCUGAGCUUGAUUGCUUUUUAUCACUAGCACUGAUUGCUCGUCAAAACAACUAUGUAAGGCCAGUUUUAAGUGCAGAUAGCAUGCUUGAUAUUAAGAAUGGAAGGCACAUUUUGCAGGAAAUGGCUGUCGAUACGUUUAUUCCAAAUGACACGAAGAUUUUUGAUGAUGGAAGAGUUAUUAUCAUUACUGGCCCAAACUAUUCUGGUAAAAGUAUCUACAUAAAACAGGUUGCUCUUAUUGUAUUCUUGUCUCAUAUAGGAAGCUUUGUUCCAGCAGAUGCUGCAACCGUGGGUUUGACUGAUAGAAUAUUUUGUGCUAUGGGAAGCAAGCAUAUGACUGCAGAACAAUCAACUUUUAUGAUUGACUUACUUCAAGUUGGGAUGAUGCUCAGGCAGGCGACGUGCCAAUCUUUGUGCUUGAUAGAUGAAUUUGGUAAAGGUACCCUUACAGAAGAUGGCAUUGGUCUUCUCGGUGGAACCAUCGACCACUUUGCAAGUUCUAAUGACUCUCCAAAGGUGUUGGUGUGCACUCAUCUAACUGAGCUAAUUAAUGAAAGUUUACUGCCAAUGUGUAAAAGGAUCAAGUUCUACAACAUGAGCAUGAUACGACCCGACAAUGAUUGCACUGAAAAUGAAGAUAUUGUAUUUCUUUAUCGUUUGGUCCCAGGACACGCACUUCCUAGCUACGGUCUGCAUUGUGCGUUACUUGCUGGCGUUCCUGAUGAGGUUAUUAAGAGAGCAGCCUUUGUUUUGGAUGCUAUGGGGAAUAACAAGCAUGUUGAGCGGCUGCACAACGAGAAUUUAUCCGCUCAGGACAAGCUAUACCAGGACGCGGUGGACAAGUUGCUAGGACUUGAUGUUAACAAGUGUGAUCUCAGCCGUUUCUUUCAGGGCAUAUUUCCUUCUUAAUCCAAAAUCUUUUAAGUUUCCAAUUGUAGCAUCUUCCGAGAGACUUUCAAGUAUGGUUUACAGAAGAUUCCGUCCCCAAAUGGAGGUAAUACAGACAACAUUAAGGGGUAAUUGUUAAAAUAACAUCUUCUUUUCGCUAAUGCUUUGGUGCCAGUUCCAUUUUAGUUCCA